UUUUUUAGCAGGAUGCCUCCAUACAGCAAUGACGAUAUUUUUAGUUGACGUUCUACAGCAAAUUAUUUUCGAGAAAGUUUCCCUAAAAGACCUUGACUGGAAAAGAAGUUUCCAAAAUAUGGGUGUUGGAUUUGUCUUAGGGGGUUUGGUGUCCCAAAUCAUAAGCGGUCUGUUAUGUUCAUUGAUGAACGCUAGAAUUUCUUCCUGUAGAAAAGUGUCCUACUAUAGAUAAAAUAAAAAUUAAUAUAAACAAAAUAAAAAACGAUCCUGAAUAUUCACUAUUUUUGACACAAUGUCGCAACGUUGCAAUCCAGUAUGACAGUUUCGAUACACACGGUGAGGUUCAAAUUUAGGUUAGAAUAAUACUUGCUCUCCUCUCGGGUUUCAUUUUUGGGGAAAAAAUGAGUCGAAUAAUACAUACAUACAAAAAGUUUUUAUCAUCACACCCGUUUUUAGUUCAAACGGUACAAACAGGAAUGUUAAUGGGUGUAGGUGACGUUAUAGCACAGAGAAUAGUCGAGAAAAAAACGCAUAAAGAACAUGACUACAAACGAACAAUGACAUUUUUAGGUUUAGGAACUUGUUUAGUUGGUCCAGCACUAGUAACUUGGUACAAAACACUGAGUGUAGUUGUGACAGGUACGGGCAAAUCUGUGGUUCUCAAAAAAGUGGCAUUGGAUCAGCUGUGUUUCUCCCCUACUUUCAUAGGAUGUUUUCUAUGCGCAUUGGGAUUUGCACAAGGGAAUGAUUUCGAGAAAAUACAAAAUGAUAUUUCGAAAAAUUAUACAGAUAUUCUUUUAACAAAUUACCAAAUUUGGCCAUUAGUUCAGCUGGGAAAUUUUUAUUUCACUCCGCUACAAUACCAGACUUUGGUUGUACAAGGAGUUGCAAUUUGUUGGAACACCUACAUAUCAUGGAAAACUCAAUCACAACCAGAUUCAAUUGAAAACUGACAGACGCCGUACCUUUUAUAAUUUAAUUGAUAUUUUUCCUAAUUUUUUGUUAAUUGUUCAUGUAUGAGAUGUAGAUUUUUUCAAAUAUUAAGACUGUAUUGUUUAGAAGUGGUAGAUAUACCCCUUCACCACUUGUACAUUUUCCUUCAAUAAAGCUCUUUACGCGAU